AAUUAGCAUGGCGACACUGCCAACAGGGCACCUUCGAUCGAUGUGUUGCUGUCAACAAUUUUUUACGAAACUAUACAUGAAAUAUUUAAUAUAACAUUUAGUUUCCAGUGUUAAAAUCAUAAUAUAUCCUCAAGAGGCCAGGUAGUGUAUAAGUAAUAUAUAUAAUGAAGUUAAAAAUACAUGCUUCAGAGUGAAAGUGUUUUCAAUUUAAUUUCAUUUUGUGAUAGUGACAAAGCUGUUUGGCGCAAUCUAACAUAUGUGAGGGGUUCUUCCACGAAUGUUACGUAAGCGGCGGUAGUGCAGCAUGUCGUGGAUGAAGCGGCAAGGCAGCGCGCCACCGCCAAGCUCCGAGCACCAGGCCUACGCUGCAUCUCAGCCAUAUGGGAACCAACAGGAUAUGUAUCCAAAUUAUCCAGGUGCACCACCAACAGCUCAGCAACAGCAGAUGUGGCAAAUGCCACAACAACAACCACAGUAUAAUCAACAAUAUGGCCAAGUUUAUCAGCAGCAACCAUUUGUUAACAACACUAACCAGUACUUUCAACAGCCACAGCAAUAUAAUCAACACUAUCCUAAUCAAAACUUUGAUAAUGCACAGCCUUCGUACCAGCAAAAUUAUUACCAAAAUCAAAUGCCACAGCCACAUCAACAACAACAGCAACAACAACAACAUCAACAACAAAAUUUUGCACUAAAUGAAGGUAAUGCUGAUGGAUGGGAAGAUAACUGGAAUUGGGGGUGGGAAGAUUCUUCUAAACAACAUCAAAAGCCUAUGACCCAGGCUGCGUCUACUCAGCCAGCUUUACAGCCUCCAGUUUAUAAUAAUGCUAAUGUAAUAGAAGAGAGCUUUGCAUCUACGAAUAGCUGGAAUUGGUCUACGGGAGAGAAAAAAGAUACUGAUCUGCAACAAACGAUAUCUCAACCCAAUCAAGACAAUCAAGAGAAAACUGUACACAUUGAUAAUUCUAACCACGAGAACAAUGUGGCAAACGAACCAAACAAUCAAAGAAGGGCCAGUAAUAUUUCUGCACACAGCACACACGAUGAAAUAAAAACAUUAAACGACAAAGAACUUGUAAAAGAGGCAUUACCGAAUUUAGCUUUAGGAAAGCGCUUUAAUUUAGAAAAUUUAACACCUCAGUGGUCUAUUGAGUCACAAAUGUCCCAGGAUUCUAGUGAUGGACCACAUACACAAUCGGAGGGCACAUACAGGAGCGAGAACCAGUCCAGGAAUUCUAGUAAAAGUAGCCCAGGACCAAACACUGAUACUGCAAAUUUUAACUAUUCUCAGUCUAGUUUUAAUGAAAAUGUAAUAAACAGUGAAUGGUCGAACCAUUACACUGAGGAGUCUAAGCUAAUCGGUAAUAUUCAAAGUAGUAGUAGAAGAGAAAGCUGUGAUGACUUAAUUAAUUCUAUACAGGAUAUGAAUAUAGCUAAUCAUGAAAAUGUAUCUCUAGAUGUUCAACAUUCUAGCCAUAAUGUUGAAAAUAUAUCAGAUACUAAACAGAUGAAAGCACCCGUUCCAUCUAUGUCUCCAAAUCCCAUGGCAUCCAAUCAAUAUAUUUCACAACCAUCUAUGCCGCCUCCACCUCCUGUCUCUACUCAGUACUUAUCACACAAUACAUCACCAUCUAUAUCUACUAUUAAUUCUGAACAAAUCGCUCCGUCUCUACCGGCAGCCAAUAUUACACCAUCAUCAUUAUCAUCAUCAAUUGCGCAACCUCCUAGCCAGCCACCAACUAUAUCAACGAUGCCUUUACCCCCUACAACAAACUUUCCAACUUCUUCGAGUCAGAAUCCAUUCAAAAAUGCUGCACCAUUUUCACAUAAAAAUAUUUCUAAAGUGCCACCUGUGAAUCCUCAGCCUCAGGCAUAUGCACCUCCAAACUCUACCCAAAUCUUAACUUCACCAGCUGCAGUUAGUAAAGUUGUUCAGCAAGACAGGCUCUCUGCUAACUUUGGAGCUAAUUUGGAAACCACGCCUGAUAAUUCAGAGAGACCUGAUCAACCACAGGUAUCAAGCUACAGAUCGAUGCCUUUACCUUCUCAGGUACCUGAUAACUUGGAAAUAGCCCCACAGAAUGAUAGAAAUGAGUAUUUACAAACUGCCCAUUUAUCUAGUGUGGACUAUGGUGAAAAUACAGAUUUUAGUCGUAAUAUCCCCCCACCAGGGCUAAGAAGAAUGGGCGUGGGACAACAAGAGGUGGAAUACAAUCAGAAUUUAAAUAUUUCUGGUGAUGAGCCUCCUCCGGGCUUAGCGCGAAUGGUGCCUGGUCAGCAGACAGAAACUCAUAAUUCCUACAAUCAAACAGCCGAUGACUACAUGGACCGACAAAUUGACGGGCAACCGACUGAUAGUGGUCGACCUUACAGGCAAGCUGAUGGCCAACAAAUGCCCGAUACCUACUCGCAAACAGUAACUACAAGAGGAGGCGAUAGAAGACCUGUGGGCUUGGAUAGGAUGGUGCCCGGGGAACCAAGUAAUGAUGAAUAUCCUCAAUAUCAAACUCAGAAUUUUGCUUCUGCAAAUGAACAAAGAGUUGUCACUGGAGUUGAUCGUGACUAUCCAAUAUCACCCGACGCGGGUCCAACCGACAUUCGCGAGCAAAACGUGGACGGUUCCGACUAUACUGAACCUCCUGCGAGGAAUCCAUCGAGGAGUAUAAUCGGAGCAAGAGAAGCUAGUAAUGCCACAUCUCCUGAUUUCAGCCUAUCUGUUGAUGAUCAACAAAGAGAGAUUACAAUGGAAGGCGAAAAUUUGCAAGAUUUGAGCGUCGUUUCAUCGGUAGAUAUGUCUUUCUCGAGGGAACCGACGUACGAUGGCUCCAACGCCAAUACGGUGGAAGCGACAAAAGAUCGUAACCAUGAUGUUACAGACGCAACUGAUUACCCAACUAACGAUUCGAGAAGACAAUCUCUGAAUCGUGUCACCUCAGGUGAUGAUUCGGAAAGAGACCGAGCUUUCAAAGGAUCCCCGAGAAAAGACAGGGACAAACAAAAGUCUUCAAGAGAGCGAGACAGGGACAGGGAUAAAGAAAGAGGUCGAUACUCUCGAGGCGAUAGGCAAUACGAGCGCGAAUCUGAGAGGCGCUCGGGCAGGGACGAGCGGCGUCCCGACAAAGACAGGCGGGACAGGGACAGGGACAGGGACAGGGACUGGGAUCGCGAAAGGCGCGACAAAGACGGCAGUCCCGAAGGUAGACGACACCGACGCAACACUCGAAGCCACCGAUACGAGACCGAAGACACCGACUACUACAGCGACCGAGAGAAAAAUCGGAGGCAAUACAGAGAGGGGUCGUACACGUCGUCCCGGCCGCCGCGCGGGGACGACAACAAGGAGCGGCGGCGCCACCACACGCUGGAGCGCGAGCGCCACGCCGACGAGCGCGCGCGCCGCGAGCGGCCCCGCGACCACUUCGAGCGCCGCUACCGCGACAUCGACCCGCGCAAGUACGCCUCGCUGCGCCGCGAGCGGGACGACGGCGACCGAAGAAAAGUCGUAACGUUCAGUGGCGAUGCUAAAACUGGUAGUAGUAGAAGCCAAGACGAGACGUACUCGUCGGGCUCCCGCGCCGGCUCGCGCGAGGCCACGGCCACGGACGAGGAGGCCGACGAGCCGCGCCGCCGCGCGCACCGCGACGAGCGGCGUCGACAUCGGCACCAUCACUACUACGAUGGUGAACGAGUGUCGGGCGGCGCGCCGGGCGCGGGCGGCGCGGGCGCGUGGGGCUCGGCGCUGGAGGCGCAGCGCCGCCACUACGAGUACUACGAGCGCCUGAGCCGCACCGACCCCGCCGCCUACAUGCGCCUCUACAAGCAGCUGCUGACGCCCGGCCUCUACGGCAACCUCUACGCAGACGGCUACGGCCAGCUCGGCUACGAGGCGCGCACGGAGGAGCGCGGCAGCGUGCACUCGGGCCGGUCCAGUGCCAACGGACUCAAGCCCGCAGACACGUACUACGGCAGCUCGCGAGCCGCGCGCGACGCCCUCUCGCUGCGCACUGACCUCUCCGACAGGGAGCUGACGACGGACAUGUCGCUGAACCUGCACCUCGACGAGUCCACCGUGCGCUCCGAGCGGAUGACGCCCUUCAAGUACUCCACGGCGCACGUCAAGGGCGUGCUGGGCGCGCGCGUGCUGGUGCUGCUGAGCGCGGGCUGGCCCGUGGACGGGCGCGCGCCGCCGCUGCAGCUGCUGCCGCUGGCGCGCCUGCUGCAGCGCGACCCCGCCGCCGCCGCGCUCGCCGCCUACCCGGGCCCGCUGCUCAGAGGCGUCACCCACAAGAAGAGCGUGGUGGAGUACUGCGAGUCGCGCGUGCGCAGCGCGCGUCAACGCGACGGCGGCGACGUCAUCGGCUACGCGCUGCUGUGGGAUCUGCUGGCGCUGAUGCUGCGUCAGAACGGAGUGGUCGUUGGUUCGGAUGUUGCCGAGUUGCUGAUGAAGAACACGAAAGAGUUCGAGUACAAGAUACCGUCCGACAGGAGUACAGAGAAAGGUGGUUCGCUGUCUUCGGGUUGUGUCGAGGCAGAGGGGGACGAGGACGGGGAGUGCGACUUGCCAUCGAUGCUGGCGGAAGAGGAUGCGAAGGUCAAACCCGUCGUCGAUGAAAAAGAGGCGCUCGAGCGCUACCGAGAGUAUCUCAUUUAUGGCAACCGGCAGGAGGCCCUCGAGUACGCCAUGGACUGCGGGCUGUGGGGCCACGCGCUGCAGCUGGCGGCGCACGGCGAGCGGCGCGCGCGGGCCGCCGUCAGCGCGCGCUUCGUGGCCUCGCUGGCGCGCCGCGACCCGCUGCACUCGCUGUACGCCGCGCUGGCGCUGCGCGCGCCGCCGCUGCUGGCCGGCGCGGCCGACCCGCGCUGGGGCGACUGGCGCCCGCACGCCGCCAUCCUGCUCGCCAACGCCAGCGCGCGCCCCGACCACGACCGCCGCACCAUGACGCAGCUCGGUGACACGCUCAAUGCGCGCGGGCUGCCGUACUCCGCGCAAUUCUGCUACCUGUCCGCGGGCGAGCCGCUCUCCCCGCACCCGCUGGCGCCCCUGCGGCCCCCCGCCGACCCCGCCGCGCCCGUCUCCGCCCCGCGCCUCUCGUUGCUGCUGGCCGACCCGCGCGCGACCACGCUGGCGCGCUUCGCCACCAACGAGGCGAUAUUCGCCACCGAGAUAUACGAGUACGCGCUGUCGCUCGGCUCGGCGCAGCAGGACCACGUGCUGGACGAGCUGACGGUGUACAAGCUGGUGCUGGCGACGCGGCUGGCGGACGCGGGGCAGUGCGAGCGCGCGCUGCGCUACGCCGAGCGCGCCGCGCGCGCGCUGACGCGCCCGCCGCGCCGCGCGCCCGCGCUCACGCUGGCCGUGGCGCAGCUGGCCGACCGCCUCAAGUACUACGACCCCGCGCUGCAGGACGACGCGGCCGACGACGCGGGCUCGGCGCCCGAGGACGCCAGCGCGGACGCCUCGCCGCGCCACCAGCGCUGGCUGCACGAGCUGCACGCCGUGGCGGCGCAGCUGUCGGCGGAGGCGUCGCAGCAGCACACCCCGCAGCACCGCGCCGAGCCCUACGCGGAGCCCUACGCCGACGGAACGCAGUACGCUCAGUGGGACCAGACCCUGCACCAGACGCAGCCGAUUCAAAAGUAUCCUGAACCCGUGGAAGAUACCCCUGACUACGCCGCCCAGUACUACCAGCAGCAAGGCCAGCUGCAGCAGCAUCAGCAGUUUCAGCCGCAGCCGCCCCCACAGCAGCUAGUCACGGAGUCCGCGCAGGAGCAGCAUCACCAACAACCGCAGCAACAGCAGCAGCACUACGAGCCGCAGUACGGCUACGAGGAACACGCGCACGCGCACGCGCACUCGUACGCGGACCCGUACUGGCAGCCCGACGCGCACUACGGGUACAAUGAGAGCGCGGAGAGCUCGCGGCCCACCAUCACCAUGCCGGGGGCCACGCGCGCGCCGCGGGAGGACGAGCGCGCCGAGUCCGCAGACCAAGUCGAUCGGGACUCCGACAGUCCGCAGUCCAACGGCAAGGAGGGCAGGAGCGAGGGCGGCGCUAAGGGCGAGCGGCGUGGGGCGGGAGGGGGCGCCGGCGGCGGCGGAGGGGGCGGCGGCUGGCUUGGUGGCAUCCUCACCAAGCUGUCGCUGCGGGCCCCCAACCAGAUGAUCCUGCCCGACGACACCAACCCCACCAUCGUGUGGGACGAGCAGCACAAGCGCUGGCGGGACAUGGACGCCACCGACGCGGAUGCGCCCGGCCCCCCGCCACCGCCCCCCACGGGACUAAGCACGUCGACUCCGCUGCAGUCCCCGGCGGCGCUCGGGGCGCCCCCGGCCGUGGCCGUGUCCAACAUCUUUAAAAUGCAGAGAGGACGACACAUAAAGAAGUCGUACGUGGACGUGCUGAACCCGGGCGGCGCGCGCGUGGCCGCCGCCGCGCCGCCCGCGCCCCCCGCGCCCGCCGCGCCCGCCGGCCCGGCGCCCGCCGAGUACUUCGUGCCCGCGCCGCCCGCGCCGCCCGCGCCGCAGGGCGGCAUCUACGACCCGGCUCUGAUCGCGGCCAACAACGACGAUUUCCGAAGUGGGAUUUAAAUUUGCUAUAGAAAUAUCAAUGGAUUCAAAUUUAUAACUCGAUAAAAUAUUCCUUUUAAAUAAUAUGAAAAGACAGGGUUGUUAUAGUAAUUAGUUUAAGGGUACACCGACACACCAACGCGAUCGGACGAUACGGAAGCGACAUCGGAAACUAAAUCAUAAAGCGACGGCCGCACCCGUAAUCAUGCGAUCGUGUAAGCCGUUGCAUUUUCCUUCGUCAGUUCGGUCGCGUACAUGUGUUCAAAACUUUAGAACGUGUUAUUUUUAUGUUACUAUAACAUAUUACAUUCCUCUAUAGAUUUACAAAAUCUUUAUUUUUACAGCAUAAUCUUUAUUAAAAAUAUUCUGUAUGUAACAACCCUGAAUUGCACUCGCAGAAAAAAAUGGUUAUUUACAUCAUUGGGCAAACACAAGUUUUGGAAUCGACCGCGACCGGCGAGUUAUUAGAAUGAUGUCAUUAGAAUGUCUCGUAAUUUAACCGCAGUAACGCGCGCUCCUCUGAUAAUACUUAGUGUGCCACUUAAUAAUUUUAUUCAAAUUUGCUUGUUUUGUUUGUCCCAUUUUCAAGUAAAGUUUUACAACUUGUUAUUUUUGUUAAAGUUACGGUCAUACUAGUCUUAGAAACCAUGAUUAACUUGUGUCAUGACUAGAUGAGGUAUAUGAAAUAUUUGUUAAUCUGCUCCCACACAGACGAUUAAUUCUACAAGGCGAUAAAUUAUUAGGAAAAGUAUACUAUUGUAAAAAUCAAUGUAAUGAUUAUCAAUGUGUGUGUUUUGUACAUCAAAAUAAGAUAAAUUAUAAUCGAGUGAGAAUACAUUUAAAAAAAAUUUAUCUGCGUAAUAAAAGUUUUUACCGAAAAGGUUAACAAAUAGCGUUGACGCUUGGCGUUCUUACGAUUAUCCGGAUUGUUUUCGUUCGUAGAUGUAUUAGCGACCUUACACACCUGCGCUAUUAAGCGAAGCGGAAGGGACAGUAACCUAUGUUGUCUAUAUUUGCUUCAUUGUAGUCGUAACUCUACGGACCCUCCGCUUAGUAUCGCUGGUUUGUUCGAAGUAGGACAACUAUGUACAUUAGUUCUCAUUUCGACUCCGAGUUAGAUAUAUUUUACAUUGUGUAAAUUAAUGCUAUCUUUGUCAAUGUUUUAUUUGAUUUAAAUGUUUUCUCCAGUUCUGGACGUUGAGUUUUACUAUUUAAAAACAAGAGGUAAGAUUUAAACAAAAGUAUCGAAGACAGUCGAAGAUAGUUAAUUAUAAAGUCCCACGCUUUAUCUGUUUUACAAAAAAAAAGUUAUUUCAUAUUUACUUUUGGCAACAAAAACUGGUUAUACCGGGAGUCGCUUAAUGGUAACACUAUUUUAGAAUAGAUUAAAUGAUUUUUUAUUAUUAUUAUAUAAAUUGAAAAUGAAAUUGGUAUUAUAUUUAUGUUAAUUCUUUACAUUUUAUCUCUUAGGAUCUUAGUUUAUUUCAAUUAUUUUCUCUUAAAUUAUGGUGCAAUAGAAUCGGUCUUCAUUUUUUCAUCUCAAUUAUAGACAAUAAACGUUAGAAAUCUUCUAGAAUAUUCUUUCUUUAGACAUUUUCAUUUUAAUGUUCUAUGUAAAAAUAAGAUGUAAAGGUUAUGUACAGAUAAUGUUGUUUUAUAUAUCGAGAAUGAUAGAGGGCGAGGCAGGUUGUAUAGAGGUAGGGGGUAGGGGGUAGGUCGUAGCGACGGACUGGAGCUACUAUGUUCGUCUAUUUGUAUAAAGGUGUAAUGAUGACGAAUGUCUGUAUAUUUGACGCUCGCGGCAAGCAACGUGUAUUCCGUAAUGUAUUAUAAUAAUUCAUCUUAUUGAAAUUAUUUAAAUAAAUUGUUUACGUUAAUGCUUA